AUGGGCGGAUUUGUGAUUCCGAAGCGCGAGAUUGCGAUGGAAAACGACGCGACGGAGAAGACGAUUCAGACGACGACGACGCGGGAAAACGGAGAAGAAGAAGACAAAGGAAAACAAGAAGAAGAAGACAAAGGAAACGCGAAAAUGAGCAGCAGCAGUCCUUCUUCUUCUCCGUCGUCUUUGAAGAAAAGGAAGAAAGAUGUGUCUGUGAAAACGCCUCCUCCUCCUCCUGUCGAAGAGACGAAAGAGGAAGAAGAAGAAGAAGAAACGCAAGAGGAAAAAGAAGACGAGAUGGACGAAGAUUUCCACGUUCGCGAUGUUGACGCGACGACGCCCUCUCGCAUGCACAGACCGAGAAAUUCCGCGCAGAAGAGAAAACUGGAAGCUUUUGGCGACGGCGCUUUGAACGGCGCGGCGGUUGACGAGGACGAUGUCGAAGUUCCGGACGAUAAGGAAGCGACGAUGAGAGACGUUCGCGCGGCGGAGGAAGGCGGGAGGGUUUGUUCGGCGGAGACUUUCGAUCGGAACGAUCCGAUAGAGCAGUUAGCCGAGCUCGAGAGGUUUAUCAAAACGAGCGGGGGUGAAACGCCGGAAUGUUUAGAGGGAUGGAGCAUAUACAUGACGUUUCGAAAACACGGCGCGAGUAAAGGACAGCCGGAUUUGAAGAUUUACCCGAAAGACGGGUUCGUCGCGAAAGAUAACACGAAAGAUAAAGCGUUUUAUAGAAGUCGAUUAGAGGUGUGCCGAGCGCUGGGGUUGCAGCCGGCAAAACCGGAAAAAGUGCCGAAGAAACCGAAAGUGCCGAGAGUGCCCGCGGAAAAGCCUUUAACAAAGACGCAGAUGAUGGCCAAGCCGACGAAAUUGAUGAGUCGAAAGAAAGCGAUGGAAAGCAUCGUCAACGGCGUGGCGGAGAGAGAAGAGUGCGAGAUAGAUAAGGUGGAACACAAAACGAACGAGGUAGGAUUGCGCAUCGUGACGCUCGGUACGCGUGGCGAAAAUGGUAGCGAGAAAUCGACCAAGUUUUUAAAAGACGCGGACGGGAUGAUUUGGGCCGACGGGUACGCCGCGAUUUGGACGUAUACGAAAGAAAACGGCGAUACGCAGUCGUUUAGAUGUUUGGUGAAUCGCGACGAAAGCGCGUCGGAUGAGUUGAUCGAGUCUGUAGUCGAAGAGCCGAUGGAAGGGGGAGAUGAAGAGAAGAAGGUAGAGGCAGCUGCUGUUGCCGCGACUGAAACUGUCGUAGUUGUACCGUCGUCGGCGGAAACGCCUUUGGAGGAGAGAACCGAAGAGAAGAAGGAACAGCCGACGCCGGCUGUCCCGACCGUCACGAGAAAGCUCGUCGCGCACGUCGGCAAGGCCAGAUUUGUCAUAUCCGAGGGUCAAAAUAUUCUCGCGGAAUCGAAUUCUCCCACAAAGGCUUGGACGCAAUUCGCGAAAUCUAUCGACCCGGAAAUCGCGGCGCACCUCGUCGACCCUUUCGCUACGAAAGAUUUCAAAGUCCGCGUCGCGUUUCAAGCCAAAUUCGCGAAAGACAUUUACGACACGGUAUCGAGCGAAACGUUACCGUUUUUACAAGAACGAUACGGUAUCGAUGAGUACAAAGCUAUUUUGAACCGCGAGUAUCUCAAACAGACUCGACAGCUCGUCUUUGAUCUAGAAACGUCCGAGUAUCGAAGGAAAAUCACGAAAGAACGCGUCACGAGCGCGGAGAAAUACGACGCCCGAUUCAAAGAAGAUCAACGCGAUGCCGAGGAACGCGCGUGUGAUAUCGCGUGUGCAAAGUUGGCGGCAAACGUGGUCUCAAACGUGGUAGAAACUGGGAAACGCGCAAAACUUGCGAAAGAUAUCGCCGACGACGAGAAAAAGUACGAGUGGGACGCGGAACGUCUCGCGCCUAAAGACGCCGUGCGCAUCGAGCGCGAAAGUAACAAAGAACGAAUAGGAUUAUCCACGGCAAUUCGUAAAAUUGCGAGAUCCAAGAAAUUUGAACAAGAGCGUGAUCGUAAGGCGGAGCAAAAAGAGCACGAUCGCAAACAGCGCAUGUUGGAGAAAGUCAAAGAAGAAGAAGAAAAGAGAAAGAAGAAACAAGAAGAGGAAGAGGAGAAGAUCAAACUGAAGGAGAAAUCGCAAUGGCUCGGCGGAUGCUUUCCGAAGCAAGAAGACGAAGAGGAUGGAAAAUCGAUCGCUCCUGUUGAAGCGAGAGUACAGUCGAAAGUGGACUCGUUCCUCGGCGAAGAUGACAAGCACGCGGUCGGCUUUUUGUUGGAACUCUUCACGUUUGCCAGACGGUUUCGAAAAGUGCUCUUCCCGGGCAAAGGUUCCGCGGACAAGUUUAUGCCAAAAUCGUUCAAGGUGUUCGUAGACGCCUUAAAAGCAAAAGUUCCGAACGAAGGUACGAAGCGUUUGAUUAUAGGCAUGCUGAACCCGAUUAUUCGCGACGUCAGAGAUUCUACCGACGACAACGGAGCGUACGCGCUGACAAAAAUCGCUGGCCCGAUUAACGAAGUCCUCAAGGAAGGUGGCUCUACUAGCAAGAAAACCAUUGGAGAAAUCAAGGAAAUGCUGGCGGAAGCUGACAGUCCACUCAAGAAACAACUCGCCUUAUUUGACGAACUUUUGAGCCGAUCGUUUGAAGCCCUCGCGGCGCAACAUUCCGCUGCACCUUCGUACGAACGUCAAGCGUUUGGGUGCAUCGCGCCGGAAGCCGCGGACGCUUUUGUCAACGCGUUUUGCCGAUGUCGAGCGGAUCCGGAAUCGUUUAGAAAUCUCACUCUUGACGUUCAAAACAAGGCGGGAAUUACGAAUACGUACCACGGUUUACGUGCGGCUCCUCAUCAGUACGCGUGUCGAGCCCCUCCAGCGCUCGUGGUUCAAUCUGAAGUCGAGGCCGAAAGAGGCGUCGAAGUCGAAACCUUCGUAGCUUUGACCGCAACGAACGAUACGGAACCCGAACGAACGAAACAAAGAAUCGUCGCGAGUGAAAUGUGUGAUAUGGAUCAGAGUAGUGAGCGUGUAUUUUUGAUUCGAGACGCGUUACGUUAUGUCUCGUGGGAUCCAAUCGUCAAGCCAGGAUGCAAACGCGGCGACAUUGCUUCUGCGAAAGGCGAGAUUUUUUUGAAAGAUAUCGCCUCCUUUGACGCCAAGUUAGAAAGUGGUAUUUUCGCCAUCUCUGCUGCGAUUAAUACGCGAGCGACGUCGACCGGUAACCCGUCCAAAGACGAACCGAACGAAGACAAAGAGUGGUUGCGCUUAGUCAAGAUUGAAGGUAAGAAAGUCGCCGAGGCGACGGGGAAGACGUUAUCGCUUGAAUCCGGAAAAGGCAAGAAAUUGGUUGCCUCUGCCAUUGAUGGUGCGAUUGCGAAAGCGACGAAAGUCGGGCGCGACAAAUUUGUUGCGGAAAUUGCAAUCGAAGAAGAAGGAGAAGAAGAAAAGGAACGCAUGGACGUCGACGGAGAAGAAGACGAUAAAUUAAACAAGCGCGAACUCACUCGCGCGGUCUGGGAGGAAGGCUGCCAAUCCUGCGGUAUGGACAUGCAUGAAGGAGGUAAAGGUGAAGUUCUCUUGUGCGACGGAUGUCCACGCGAAUUUCAUAAAAGCUGUCUCAAUCCGCCCGUGGAUGAGAAUGAAAAGCUUCCGGACACGUGGUUUUGCCCGAUUUGCGUGGCGAAGAAGAACGCAAUCGAGACCUCGAAAACGAGUUGCGAAAUGAUAACGCCAACUUCGUUCACGCGAGUCGCGGAAGGCUCGCAACUCGGUGAAGCGGCAAAAAAAGGUACGAUGUUUACGAACGAAAUGUUAAAGUCGAAAUCGUUAUCGAAAGAGGCGAGGAUUCUCUUGUCGCAAAAACUCAAGCGAUUCGCCGAACGCUUCGAUGCGGACGGUUGGACUUCGUUAGCUCUCGAAGACAAAAUCGACGCGUUGAAGAUCUUAGCGGAUUUGCUUUUGGAUACCACCGACGCGCGAGAUGAGAUCGAUAACAAGGCACCGGAAGAGCUGAAGAAAAAGAACCAGAUGCUGGACGAACAUCGCAAAAGCUGGGCGGCGUAUCGCAAAGGCGAAAACGUCGGCGGCGGUAACUUUGCCCGAGUCAAAACGUUUUCCACCGACGAAGAAGAAAACAAAAAGAUCACCGAGUAUUUUGAUAAGACCGGCGAGUACCCAGACUCUCGUCUAGCAUGGCAAAAGCGGUUUAAUCAGUUGGAAAAGUCGAAAAGAGACAAUGGUGUGACUCGAUUAGAACCCAUCGGCGGCGACCGAAACAACACGGCGUUUUGGGUACUCGAAGACGAGGAGCUUGGGAAGAAAGAAGACUCAAGCGCAAUCAUCAUCGCACAAGCCGCGGGCGCCGGUGGUGGUUGGGGAUGUAACGAGGACUACAACGACGACGAGGAAGAAGACGACGAGGAAGAAGAUGGAGACGCCAAGCGAAGCUUGACACCGACGACGGCGAAGAUGCGAGGCUCGGACGCGCUCAGAGUUUCUGAAAAGGAAUGGAUGGUACUCGACGCAGAUUCUGUGAGAGAAACCGUCAUUCCAGGGUUGAACAAGCGCGGGUAUCGCGAAGGGAAGUUAUGGCAGCAAUUAGAAAAACGUUUUGGUGCCAAGAAGGAAGGCGCGGAGGAUGAACGAAAGGAAGAAAAAGAGGAAGAAGAAGAGAAGGAAAUCACGGCUUGGGACGUUACCGAAGAACACGAGUUAAUUGCCUCGAAGGUGGAUAAGAAAUCGUUACUGAAGUGCACGAAAGAGUCGGCAAAGUCUUUAUUCCUCGACAUUCUUAACGAUCUCCCCGAGAUGGCCUACGACGCGUACGAUGAUCCGAGUCGUAACAGCGUCGUCGAUACUCGAACGAACGCUAUACGCGCUCUGGCCACGCAGCCGGGAUCAUCAGAUAACGAUGCGAUUCCACUAGCGACAGCUACGCUCGCGUUAGAAUUAGCCAUAUCUCCUUCCUGGUUGCACGAAUCGUGGGGCCGCUUCACGCGUUUCUCCCCUGUCCUCCGCGACGCGUCUUUCCCGUCCAUUUGGUUCCGGCUUAAAAAUUUGAAGAAAGCUAUCAAAUGGAACAUGGCCAAGCGCGGCGGUCGCGCCGGUGGCCGAUUCCGUCCGGAAGAUUUUACCGCGGUUCCUGAUCAACGCGGUGCGAGAACGAAAACCAAGCUCAAUUAUAAAGUCGACAGUUCUAGCGACGACGACGACGCGUUCCACAUAAAAGAAGGAUCGAAGAGAGUCGUUGGCGGAGAAGUUAUUCCGGCGAAAAAACGAAGGGUCUUCAUUGAAGACACAGGGUAA